AUGGGACACCAGUGGGAGUGUCUAAUAGCAUUUCUUUGUCUCGGGAUUGCUCUUACAUCGUCAGCUAGUCGUAGAGAGGAGCUUGAGAAGGCUGCUGAGCUUGCAGUAGAAAAAGCAGCCGAAAGAGCAGCCGAGAGGGCAGUGGAAAAGGCACUUGAUGGUGGAAAUACCACGACGGAAUCCAAACUUGUUCGUGAGUCUUAUACCAACAUUAGAAAAGAUCCGCCCAAGGAGAAGAAAGAAGACGAUGAUUACAGCGAUAGCGGCGGAUACGAGGCGGUGGACGAUGAAGAAGAGCCAGAAGAAGACACGGAUGAUUGGAGCAGAUAUUCAAGAGAUCCAACAUUUGCGUCUCGACGCACGAAAGAUAGAGAUUUUCAUGCGUGGUCCAGUAAGAUCGAUAUCAAAGAUUCGACGGACAUCUGGAGAAGAUUUCCGAGAAGCGAAUGGUCUCACGAGGAUACAAGUUGGAAUAAACAAAAUGAAAAGACUGUCAUAACCGUGGAAAAGAAAGUGCCGGUACCUGUGACGAUUGAGAAGAAAAUUCCGUAUUCGGUCUAUAAACAUGUUCCUUAUGAGAUCAAAGUGCCCGUACCGCAGCCUUAUAUGGUGGAGAAGAGGGUGCCUUACCCGGUCAAGGUCUACGUGAAUGUUCCGGUUGAAGUUCCAGAGCCUUAUCAAGUCGAGAAACAAGUUCCUUACAAAGUGAAGGUCGACAAUCCUGUGCCGUACAAAGUCGAGGUACCAAUACCGCAGCCUUUUACGAUUGAGAAAAGGAUUCCAGUCGAGGUUGAGGUACCGAUACCGCAGCCAUAUACUGUUGACAAACCGAUACCGUAUGAGGUCAAAGUACCGAUCGAAAUACCUACUCCGUAUGAGAUUGAGAGAAAGGUACCGGUACCGUUAAAGGUUGCCGUCAAUCGGCCGUAUCCGGUACCAGUGCCUAAACCAUAUCCGGUGGAGGUCACCAGACCAUAUCCGGUAGAAGUGCCCAAACCGUACCCAGUAAGAAUCAAAGUACCUGUGGAAAAACCGUAUUUUGUGCCGAUCAAGAGGCCAGUUCCGGUACCUGUCAAAGUGCCGGAUCCUCAACCGUAUACCGUAGAGAAACCUGUACCGGUAGAAAUAGUGAAACCUUAUUUUAUCUCGAUUAAAGUACCCGUGGACAAGCCUUACGAGGUGUAUGAAACAAAGCCGGUACUCGUCCCGGUAAAAAAACCCUUCCCGUAUGUUGUGCAAGUGCCGGUACCCGUCAAGCUUGGUUGGAAAAAUCGAAACAUCAAGGAAGAUUUACUGGAGAGCGAAAGCACUAAGACCAAAUCAUUGCUACGACCGCAAUGGUCAGAUCGUGAAUCAUUCACUCGAUAA